CUCGCACGCAAUGUUCUAGCCGCGUCCCGACUCCCGACACCUCACCUCCCACACAUGGCAGGCCCGCGCGUCGCCCGCUUCCUCGCCGCAGCCGCUGCCGUCGCCGCCCUCGUCGGGACGUGCAGCGCUGUGCAGCUGAUCGAGCUUCGAGUGCCCGCGCAGGUGGACGUGCGCGACAACGUCAGCAUGCUGUGCAACUAUUCGACAGACGGCGCCCCGCUCUACUCCGUCAAGUGGUACAAGGACGAGUACGAGUUCUUCCGCUACAUGCCUGACGGCAACCCAUCACGCACACAGGCCUUCCCUGUGCCUGGAAUAACGCUGCUCAUGGAUGCUUGCAACGACACUACAGUGACGCUGACGAACCUCACGUUCAACACGACCGGCUCAUACAAGUGCGAGGUGUCCAAGGAGGGGCCUAGCUUUGACACUGUGUACGCCACUAGCAAUAUGACCGUCACAGGUAACCCGCGUGCAGAUCCCGUUCUGGACGGCAUUCGCGAGUCCUACUACCCAGGCGACCAGGUGGUCGCCACUUGCACUGCCGCACCUUCACACCCACCUGCCAACAUCCUGUGGUACAUCAACGGCAAGCUUGUGGAGGAGGGCGUGCAGGAGCUAGAGGCGGAGGUGGACAGCCGCGGCCUGGUGAGCAGCCGGCGGGAGAUCAAGCUGGACGCCGAGCAGCGGCUCUUCUCGAACGGGAAGCGGCUGCGCCUGCGCUGUGACGCCGUCGUGGGCGACGUGAAGCGGCAGGCGCAGCGGUGGGCGGCGCUGGGCGGCGUUGGCUCGCAGCGCCUGCAGCAGGGCCCGCGCAGCGCCGGUAACGCUUUCGCAGAGGCCAGAAGUGCACUGGUGAUUGCCCUCACAGUACUGAUUAUGACGUCCUCACACAGGCAUUAAAGUGACUCGCCAUGCUGAAGUUACAUUAAUGUGAAACAUUCCUGACUUCGUUGCAAUAUAUUUGAAAAGAGGUACGGAGCAACAAGAAGCACACAUUUUUUCAAACUAUUUAUUGAUGUUCGGUAGCAAUUAAAAUACUCUGGUAAUAUAUACAUAUAUAUGUAUUAACGUAUACAUAUGUAUAUAUUCCUAUAUACAUAUAUACAUACACACCUAAUAUAUUAAGUGAUAAGGGGAUGAAUAAUAGCGGCUUCAUCGGGGGUGUGACAGCGGUUGGGCCUUUUUCUAGGGUGGGGCGGGUUUGGGGUGGUGGAGAGUUUCACAAGCCAUAUAGCUUCGUAAGUAGUUUUCAGUGACGUGAAAAGUCUGGGCACAUGUCUACAGUUUUAAAAUGUACACUCUUUACCAUGUGAACGUAAAUGUAACCUAAAUUUUAAUGAUAAGAAGAAAUCUAAUUGUUAUAUUGUUGUUGUUUAAAGUAAAAUAUGUUUGUGGUGUAAUUUACAUGUACGGCAUAAAAAAGAUAUAUUGUGUAUCAGUGCAAUUGACAUAUCAUAUAUAUAAUAUUAAUCGAUGAAAUGAGCGACAUAAUUUCUAUGAUAUAUAAUAAUAUACGUGUAAGACUUAGUGCUGUCUGUACCUAGAAUCCUUACUAUGUUCACUCUUUAAAACCAAAAUUGUUCUGGUGGAAAAUAAAUCGUAUUGCAAAUACUGUUCCAAAUACUUCAGUGUUCUGCGUAUCCGUGUGACCGCAUUUACGAUGUACAACAUGUACCCAUCGCCUGCAUUUUACAUUUACAGACCGUGUUCUCUUGUGGAUCGAUGGACAAAGGUCAGCAGCCUCAAAACAACACAGGGACGUGCACUACAGACGGCCUUGCAUUUCAUUUGACGUUUGGCGCUUGCGAGAACUUUAAAGAAUUACAGAAUUUCACUUAGAUUGCAAUUCUGUCAAACGCAAUUAACUGAAAAAUAAAACGUUCAUAAGGCCUUUUCAGAGCAUCAGCUGUGACUCACAUGCCAUGACCUACUGGAUACCUGUUUCGUGUCAGAUACCAAAGGCUGCGGAGUGCGUAACUGACGAUAGCUACUGGUACAUGUAUGCCGCACGACAGCAGCGACCAGCAAACUGUUUCGAAAAUCUACUGCGAAGGCAAAUCACAAAGCAAUGAUCAAAAUACAAGAGACUGCACAGAAAUCAUGUGACCUAACAAGUUAUUAUUCA